AUGAGACACCUAUCAAUACUUUCUGUCGGCUUGAUUCUGUUGCUUCAGGUGGCCAGAACUCGAAGUCACGGUCGUCUCUGGGAGCCGCCGUCGAGAUCGACAGCUUUCAGACGAGGCUUCCGCACCCCAAAGAACUACAACGAUCAUGAGAGCUUCUGCGGGGGUCUACAGGUGAUGUAUCAACUGAACGGUGGCAAGUGUGGCUUGUGCGGGGAUCCUUGGAACAGCAAAAAACCCAGACCCAAUGAGGCCGGCGGCAUUUACGACACCGGGACGAUCGUGAGAAGCUACAAAGAGGGCAAACGGAUCAAGGCCGCAGUCUUCGUGACCACCAACCAUCUGGGAUACUUUGAGUUCCAGCUGUGUCCGAAUUCUUCAAACGUCACCGAAGACUGUUUUCACGAGCACAAGCUGAACAUAUAUGGUUUGGAGCAGAAGAAGACCAAAAGGCUUUACAUAGGCUCGGAAGACGGUAUGAUACCGAUGAAACUGAGGCUCCCGGAUGGCAUCAAGUGUGAGAGAUGCGUCCUGCGUUGGCAAUAUACGACAGGUAAUUUUUGGGGCAAGUGCACCAAUGGAACGACGGGAAUGGGAUGCGGAAACCAGGAAGUGUACCGGGCGUGUGCUGAUAUCGCGAUCCUCUAG